UGCUCCGUCUUGUGACCCGGGCAUAUCCGCGUCCCGGUCGCGCGUCGGGCUGGGGCCGGUAGUGUGCAUGGAAAGGGGACAGAGCACAGGAAAGGGACCCCCACAGUCACCUGUGUUUGAAGGUGUCUAUAAUAAUUCCAGGAUGCUGCAUUUCCUGACAGCUGUGGUGGGCUCCACUUGUGAUGUAAAGGUGAAGAAUGGCACUACCUAUGAAGGCAUUUUCAAGACUCUGAGCUCAAAGUUUGAGCUGGCAGUAGAUGCUGUGCACCGGAAAGCAUCUGAGCCAGCCGGUGGCCCUCGUCGUGAGGACAUUGUAGACACCAUGGUGUUUAAGCCAAGUGAUGUCAUGCUUGUCCACUUCCGAAACGUUGACUUCAAUUAUGCUACUAAAGACAAGUUCACUGAUUCAGCCAUUGCUAUGAACUCAAAGGUGAACGGCGAGCACAAAGAGAAGGUGCUUCAGCGCUGGGAGGGUGGUGACAGCAACAGCGAUGACUAUGAUCUCGAGUCUGACAUGUCCAAUGGAUGGGACCCCAAUGAAAUGUUCAAAUUCAAUGAGGAGAACUAUGGAGUGAAGACCACCUACGACAGCAGUCUCUCCUCUUACACGGUGCCCUUAGAAAAAGACAACUCAGAAGAGUUCCGUCAGCGGGAGCUGCGUGCAGCCCAACUGGCUCGAGAAAUUGAAUCGAGUCCCCAGUAUCGCCUACGGAUCGCCAUGGAAAAUGAGGAUGGGCGCACAGAGGAAGAAAAGCAUAGUGCAGUCCAGCGGCAGGGGUCAGGGCGGGAGAGCCCCAGCCUGGCAUCCAGGGAGGGGAAGUAUAUCCCUUUGCCUCAACGAGUUCGGGAAGGUCCCCGGGGAGGAGUUCGGUGUAGCAGUUCUCGAGGUGGUCGGCCUGGCCUUAGCUCACUGCCACCUCGUGGUCCUCAUCACCUAGACAACAGCAGCCCCGGCCCAGGGUCUGAGACUCGUGGUAUCAAUGGAGGUCCUUCCCGCAUGUCUCCCAAGGCACAGCGGCCUCUGAGAGGUGCUAAGACUCUGUCUUCACCUAACAGUAGGCCUUCCGGAGAAGCUUCUGUUCCACCCCCUGCUGCAGCUCUCCCUUUUCUUCCAGUGGGACGGAUGUAUCCCCCACGCUCUCCCAAGUCUGCCGUCCCUGCCCCAAUCUCUGCUCCUUGUCCUGAGCCUCCCAUUGGCUCGGCAGUAGCAACUUCUGCAGCCUCCAUCCCUGUCACGUCAGCUGUGGAUCCUGGAGCAGGCUCUAUUACCCCAGCUUCUCCGAAGAUCUCACUGGCCCCCACAGAUGUAAAAGAACUCCCACCCAAGGAGCCUGGCAGGACCCUGGAGCCCCAGGACCUGGCCCGGAUAGCUGGGAAAGUUUCUGGCCUUCAAAAUGAACAGAAACGAUUUCAACUGGAAGAACUAAGGAAGUUUGGGGCCCAGUUCAAGCUUCAGCCCCCCAGCUCCCCUGAGACCAGCCUGGAUCCUUUUUCUCCCCGGAUCUUAAAGGAGGAGGCCAAAGGGAAGGAGAAGGAGGUCGAUGGUCUAUUAACUUCAGAGUCCAUGGGGUCUCCAGUCUCCUCGAAGACAGAGUCCGUAUCGGAUAAAGAAGACAAAGCACCUCUAGCAUCAGCAGGAGGCGCUGAGGGUUCGGAGCAGCCUCCACCACCUUGCCCGAGCCAGACUGGCAGCCCCCCAGUGGGCCUUAUCAAGGGAGAUGACAAAGAUGAGGGCCCUGUUGCUGAACAAGUAAAGAAAUCAACGUUGAACCCCAACGCCAAGGAGUUUAAUCCCACAAAGCCUCUAUUAUCUGUGAACAAAUCUACCAGUACUCCAACUUCUCCAGGGCCUCGCACUCACUCAACUCCCUCCAUCCCGGUGCUGACAGCAGGCCAGAGUGGGCUCUACAGCCCACAGUACAUCUCCUACAUACCUCAGAUCCAUAUGGGACCAGCUGUGCAGGCACCUCAGAUGUAUCCGUAUCCUGUAUCCAAUUCAGUGCCUGGGCAGCAGGGCAAGUACCGGGGUGCAAAAGGCUCUCUCCCCCCUCAGCGCUCGGACCAACACCAGCCAGCCUCAGCCCCUCCCAUGAUGCAGGCGGCCGCUGCUGCUGGCCCACCCUUGGUGGCUGCCACACCUUACUCUUCCUACAUCCCUUACAAUCCGCAGCAGUUCCCCGGCCAGCCUGCAAUGAUGCAGCCUAUGGCCCACUACCCCUCACAGCCGGUGUUUGCCCCCAUGCUUCAAAGCAACCAACGUAUGCUAACGUCGGGUAGCCACCCCCCGGCCAUUGUGUCAUCCUCCACUCCUCAGUACCCUUCUGCAGAGCAGCCCACGCCCCAAGCCCUCUAUGCCACUGUUCACCAGUCCUAUCCACACCAUGCCACGCAGCUCCAUGCUCACCAGCCGCAGCCGGCCACCACGCCUACUGGGAGCCAGCCGCAGUCCCAGCAUGCGGCCCCCAGUCCCGUCCAGCAUCAGGCGGGACAGGCCCCACACCUGGGCAGUGGACAGCCCCAGCAGAAUCUGUACCACCCAGGGGCCCUGACAGGCACGCCACCAUCUCUGCCACCGGGACCUUCUGCCCAGUCCCCUCAGAGCAGCUUCCCCCAGCCAGCCGCUGUAUAUGCCAUCCAUCCCCACCAGCAGCUGCCCCACGGCUUCACCAACAUGGCCCAUGUUACCCAGGCCCAUGUCCAAACUGGAGUCACAGCAGCCCCGCCCCCGCACCCUGGGGCUCCCCACCCACCCCAGGUGAUGCUGCUGCACCCCACCCAGGGCCAUGGGGGGCCCCCCCAAGGCGCAGUACCCCCGAGUGGGGUACCUGCACUCUCAGCUUCCACACCCUCACCCUAUCCCUACAUCGGACACCCCCAAGUAUGUAGGGUGGGCAGAAGCCACAGUCGCCGCCGCCAGGGGCUUGCUCCUGGCUCUGUCCUUUGCUUCCCUCCGUCCUCGCUCAGUUGUGAUCCAGCAGCCCCCCUCCCCACUGCCUCCCCAGCUCUCAGUGACCCCGACUGUCUCCUGACUUAGCCGAGGUAAGGUCAGCGCAGCAGACAGGGCCAGACUGGGGUGUGGGGGGCUGAGCUGGGCACACGAGUAAGGGCUCUGGCUUACUGGGAAACAGCGAUUGACCUGUGCUUCUGACCAGCCCCAUGAGACACCUUAAGGAGGCCGCUCCUCCCCACUCCUCCCCAGCCCCCCGGACGCAUUGAUGGAGGGACAGCUGCUCGGGUUCUAAUGCUCCUGCUCUCUUCUCUUUCCCCUCCAACCAGUUCAAUCUCAUCCCUCCCAGCAGCUCCCCUUCCACCCCCCGGGGAACUGAAGAUUGUCCUGGCCGCGACCUGAGACCUCCAUGAGCGGAGGGAAGAGUGAUCUAUGUCUCUUCCCCCAGCAGCUCGGACCAGUCCCAGCCCCCCACCCCACCCCCCAAAUUCCCCUUUCCCCAGGGGAGCUGGGGAAUUCCUGCCAAGCACCUUGAAUGGGAGAGACCUUGAAGUGGGCAAGGCCAGGGUCCCGCAGGGGUGGGGGAGGCUCCUGCUCUGCCCCUGCAGUUCCCACCUAACCUUGCCCUCCCAUCUUUUCAUCUAUUCCCCCCGCUGGAGACGGAAGAUCUUUUAUUUUCUAUUAUUUAUAACUACAAACUUGGGCCCCUCUGUUCUUUUCUUCCCCAUUAACUUGAGACCUGCGUGAGAGACAGACAGAUGCCCCACAAGGAUGGUUGGACAAGGACUUUUACUUUUUACUACAUAAAAAUAUUAAAAAAAAUAAAAAAAUAAAAUUUUAAACUAA